AUGCACGAGGCAUACGGCACCAAGGAGGCCCUCGGCGCGGGUCACGAUCCCCGCCACGGGUCACGAGACCACGGCACGCAGUGGUACUACGGCGCGCGAUGGCACUCCGUGCCACCGCCAAGCGACGAGGUGUACGGCGCACCCGGCGAGGGUGCCCUCGAGUGGGAGCAGCUGCGACUGCAGAGCCGAUCGCUCCUGACGCCAGCUGCCCUGGGCGGCGGCGUCCGGACGGGCAGCGCGCCCGGGGGACGUGCCCUCCACACGUGCAAGCCCCCGGCGCUACACGAGGGCGAUCGCUACGUCGGCUUGGACGGCGCGUCCCACAAGCCCGAGAGACGGGCGGACCGCGCCGAGCUCGCGUGGACGCAAGCGGAGGUCAAGCGCCUCCGCGCGCAGCUCGAGGCUCUUCGGGGCAGGGAACCUUCCAACUUUCCCGGAAGGGAAUAA